AUGGCGGAUGUAGGCGGUGGCUCCGCCGUUGGCCGGAGAAUAUGCUUCAUCCCGGAGAAAUUCCAGCUGCACAUUGCCAUGCUGGCCCUGCAGUUCGGCUACGCUGGUUUCCACGUCGUCUCCAGGGCCGCCCUUAAUAUGGGCAUCAGCAAAAUCGUGUUCCCUGUUUAUAGGAACAUUUUGGCCUUUCUUUUGCUCUUGCCCUUUGCAUAUUUUCUUGAAAAGAAAGAGAGGCCGCCUAUAAGUUGGAGCCUUGCCAUCCAUUUCUUCCUUUUGGCAAUUGUUGGGAUAACUGCAAAUCAAGGAUUCUACUUGUUGGGACUCGACCACACGUCACCAACUUUUGCUUCCGCGAUUCAAAAUUCGGUGCCUGCCAUCACGUUCCUCAUGGCCGUUAUACUAAGAAUCGAGAAAGUGAGACUAGACAGAAAGGACGGAAUCUCGAAGGUUGCAGGCACACUCCUGUGCGUGGCAGGCGCGUCGGUUAUCACGCUCUACAAGGGCCCCACCAUCUACAGCCCUGCCCCACGGCUCCAGCUAGCCGCGGCCCUACAGAUGCCAGCUCGGCUGCAGGGUUUGGGGGCCGAAGCCAGCAGCGGCAAGAGCUGGACAUUAGGCUGCAUAUUCCUGAUUGGCCACUGCCUGUCGUGGUCCGGCUGGCUCGUGCUCCAAGCACCCGUCCUCAAAAAGUACCCGGCUCGACUCUCCUUCACCUCCUACCAGUGCUUCUUUGGGGUCAUUCAGUUCCUCGUCAUCGCCGCUUUUGUCGAGCGCGACUCUCAGGCGUGGCUCGUCCACUCGGGAGCCGAGCUCUUUAGCGUCUUCUACGCCGGAGUAGUUGCGUCAGGGAUUGCCUUCGCUGUACAGAUAUGGUGCAUUGACAGAGGUGGCCCCGUCUUCGUUGCCGUCUACCAGCCAGUGCAGACCCUCGUUGUCGCCGUUAUGACGUCCGUCAUCCUCGGUGAAGAGUUCUACCUCGGAGGGAUAAUUGGUGCGGUGCUCAUAAUAAGCGGGUUGUACUUUGUGCUGUGGGGGAAGAACGAGGAGAGGAAGUUCGCGCAGUGGGCCCCGAUCCAGUCCACCGCGGACCAUGGCACCAGCAGGACAACCCCCCACAUCAAGCCCUCCAUCACCCAGCCACUGCUUGCUCAGUCAACGGAGGCUGCUUGA